GCUGUCAUAUUAUGAACAUCUUCCAGGAGACCUGCACUUUAAAUUUGACACAUUUAACCGAUUUUUUUGUACAUAACGUGUAGUUUCUACCGCCGGGACAAUAGUCCGAUAAUACGGACUCAAUAGUUGCUUUACUUCUGUAGAAAUCAGCUAAUAUUAGCAGAAACAGCAAGUUAGAUUUCUAAAGUAGGCGGUUGGUGCGACGCGUUCAAGGUCCUCUUUUCCUGUUGGUAAUUAGUUUUCUUAAGCGGAGGUUAUUGAAGUAGAUUUAAAAAUAUGUCGCUACAUGGAAAGCGUAAAGAAAUCUACAAAUACGAGGCGCCGUGGACGGUUUACGCUAUGAACUGGACUGUCCGGCCGGAUAAACGCUUCCGCCUGGCGCUUGGUAGCUUUGUGGAGGAGUACAAUAACAAGGUUCAAAUAGUUGGUCUGGAGGAGGACAACUCAGAAUUUGUGUGCCGAAACACAUUUGACCACCCAUACCCAACCACGAAGAUCAUGUGGAUACCUGACACCAAAGGAGCCUACCCAGACCUGAUGGCCACCACUAGAGACUACCUGAGACUCUGGAGGGUGAGUGAUACAGAGACCCGUCUGGAGUGUUUGCUCAACAACAACAAGAAUUCAGAUUUCUGUGCACCGCUCACAUCCUUUGACUGGAACGAGGCUGACCCAAACUUGUUAGGUACUUCCAGUAUAGACACCACCUGUACAAUCUGGGGGCUGGAGACUGGACAGGUGCUGGGGAGGGUCAACUUGGUGACGGGUCACGUCAAGACACAGCUCAUAGCACAUGACAAAGAGGUGUAUGACAUCUCGUUUAGCCGAGCAGGCGGGGGCAGGGAUAUGUUUGCCUCUGUGGGUGCGGAUGGCUCGGUCCGCAUGUUUGACCUCCGACACCUUGAACACAGCACAAUCAUCUACGAGGAUCCACAGCAUCACCCAUUGCUCCGACUCUGCUGGAACAAGCAGGACCCCAACUACUUAGCUACCAUGGCGAUGGACAGCUUGGAGGUGGUGAUUUUAGACGUGCGUGUACCCUGUACUCCAGUAGCCAGACUCAACAACCACAGGGCCUGUGUGAACGGAAUCGCCUGGGCGCCACAUUCCUCCUGUCACAUCUGUACUGCAGCGGAUGACCACCAAGCGCUAAUCUGGGACAUCCAGCAGAUGCCGCGUGCCAUUGAGGACCCCAUACUGGCCUACACAGCCGAGGGAGAGAUCAAUAAUGUCCAGUGGGCUUCCACCCAGCCUGACUGGAUCGCUAUCUGCUACAACAACUGCCUGGAAAUCCUCAGAGUCUGAGCUGUAGUGGGCAGACGUAAAACAACUCAAAAACAUUCUCAGCGUAUCUAUGAGCUGACGGGACUUUGUUAAAUGAUUCUUUUGCAUUUUUUUUUGCUUAUGUUUGUAAAGCUUUUAGUGACAACAUACAGGAUAAC